CCUUAAGAUACAGAAGCGUUCGCCUUGACUUACAUACGCUGGAGCGUUCCAGAUCUUCUAAGGUUUCGUCAGGUAUUGAUACAGAUGCACCGGUACCCUAAAAUGGACAAAGUUACGGAGUAUGAGAGCUCUAAGCUAGCCGGGAGCCUGACGUCGGUGAAAUCAAGCAGCCAAAGGAGCACCUUAUGCAAGGGAUUGCAAACUAGAAUGAGUACAAAAAUUUGGCGCCCGUGGGAUAUGGAACCGAGUGAAAAUGUUAUUAGGAAAUCAACAAGAUAUCAGCCUUACAGAGGAAAUGAACGAACAGCCCCGUCUCAACCAUUGCGACAGUACCUCAAUACUUUUAAGCAUCCUGUCAGACUGUACUGGACUAAAGCGGCGUAUGACUAUAUGUACGAGGCCGGAGAGAGUUUACUUAGGAACUUCCCUGUGCAAGCAACCAUACAAAUCGCUGAAGAAAGCGACAGCGAAGACGAGGAAGAGGAAGAAGAGGAGGAAAGCUCAAGUCAGCAACAGCCACAUCGGAAAAAUGAUGUUAAAAGUACAUAGGGUUUUAUAACAAUGGAGCUUUUAUCAGUUGAUUUUAAAGCUUUAUAUAUAGCUGUCGGCAGCUACCAAAAGAAAUCGCUAUUCUGGGCUGUAGCAGAGGGUGGGGCGCUAGGGGCACGCGUCCCUCCCCCCCCCCCCCCUUCCUCCCUAAAUGUUUUCAAAAAGUUUCUGUAUCGUGUCCGCCAAUAUUUUGAGUUCUGCUACAGUUCUGCUAUGGCAAACCUUCACACGGGGCCGCCAUCACCAUCCCUUACUUAUCUGUAAAUGAUAGGUAGUUUAUCACUAGGAAACCUUGGCUAUGACCAUGGCAAAAACAAGACUGUCUUGUUUUUGCAGUGACUACCUAGCCUAGUGUUAUGGUACUUUUUUAAAAGUGUUGAUAAGGUUCAUACACUAUAAUCAGUUAUUUGUUUGUUGAUAGCAAAAAUUUCUAGAGUAAUUACAGCUCUCUAAAGGCCCUUAAAGAAGGUCUAUAAAAAAAUGUCAAGAGCCAGUUUAAGAGACAAAGGGGCUAUAAAAAAGAACAGUCUAAAUCAUUUAUCAAAACAGGAUGUACAAAUAACUUGAAUAGGAAUUCCACCACACUUUUUACUGCUUGUUGAAUACCUUUUUAUAAGGUUUGGAAAAAUUCACCAGUCUCUCUUAAAAACAUCUAUACAUUGAACAUGAAAUAUAGCUCUAUAUUUGUACAUAUAUUGUAUUCAAAAGGUAUUUUAUAUCUUAUAAAUGUUAAAAGAUAUUAUUCGCAAACUUGGAAUGACAAUUAAGUUGUAUAAAAAAUUGCACAUGACAGUGGUCCGAAUAACACCAGGGUAGCAAUUUGUAACAGAGAACUCAAAUAUUUGUUACAAAUCUGAUUAUCCUGUGAACACUUUAAAAUAAUCAACCAAAACAUCUUAAUCUUUUUGGCAUUUUUGUUGUUCCGUUUGUUUUGAAUCAAACUAUGAUUUUUACAGUUGAUUUAACAGUGUAUGUGAUUUUAAUCAUUUCAAUAAGUAUAUUAUGAUGUCUGUACAAUGUUUUAAAAGAUAUUGUAUAUGUUUGAAUAAAAUUGAGUAAGUCACUCUCUA